AUGAGCGGCGGGGAUGGCGGCGGCGGGGGCCGGGCGGGCGUCCUCAGCUACGGCCUCCCCUCCAUCCCCUCCAGCAAACUCCCGGACUUGCGUUUUAUCAGCCGGGGCGCUUACGGGACCGUGUCCGCCGCCCGCCACGCCGACUGGAGGGUCCCGGUGGCCCUCAAAUGCCUGCAGGGGCCGCUGCUAGACAGCGAUAGAAACCACCUUCUAAAAGAAGCAGAGAUCUUACACAAAGCCAGGUUUAGUUACAUUCUGCCAAUUUUGGGAAUCUGCAACGAGCCUGAAUUUCUGGGGAUAGUAACAGAAUACAUGACCAAUGGGUCAUUAAACCAGCUAUUGCAUGGGAAAGAUGUAUAUCCUGACAUUCCCUGGUGCCUGAGAUUCCGCAUUCUUUAUGAAAUUGCUUUGGGAGUAAACUAUUUGCACAACAUGAAUCCUCCAUUGCUGCACCAUGACUUAAAAACACAGAACAUUUUGUUGGAUGAUGAGUUUCAUGUCAAGAUUGCAGAUUUUGGCAUGUCCAAAUGGCGUGUCAUAUCCACGUCCCAGUCCCGAAGCGAGUCCUCCUUGCCGGAAGGAGGGACAAUUGUCUACAUGCCACCUGAGGAUUACAACCCCAGUCAGAAAACCCGGGCAAGUGUGAAACAUGACAUCUACAGCUAUGCAGUUAUCAUAUGGGAAGUGAUGUCAAGGAAACAGCCAUUUGAAGAAGUUAUAAACCCCUUGCAGAUAAUGUACAGCGUGUCACAAGGACAGCGACUGGACUUGAGUGAGGGAAGUCUAUCAAUGGACAUUCCUCAUCGAGGGCUGAUCAUAAGGCUGAUGGAAAGUGGAUGGGCACAAAACCCUGAUGAAAGACCAUCCUUCUUAAAAUGUUUAAUAGACCUGGAGCCAGUUCUGCGAACAUUUGAUGAAAUAGCUAUGCUGGAAGCAGUACUUCUCUUAAAGAGAUCAAAGUCACUAUAUGAAUCACAAAGUAUUUACAAGAGUGGAAAGAAAGCAAAUGUGGAGCAGAUUCCUCUAAAUAUACCUCUGAAUCCUGAAAAGCCAACAUAUUCUAGCUCCAUAGAGUGUGAUGCACUUCCCCUUCGGAGCAUCCCUCCAGAUACAACAAAAUUCAAGUCUAUUCCCCAGUGUAAUAUCCUCUCAUCAGAUGGAAGUUCUGGAUGUCUACACUCUCUUAUCAGCCAGAGCACAGAUGAAAAUCUGUCUGUAACUCAGAGUGCCAAACUGCUUGUGCAUCCAUACAGUGCUGGUCUCUCACCUGCCAGGGGUGUUUCAGAUGGCCCAAGUUCUGCAUCCCACGUGCUGCGGUCAUCGCCAAUUCCUCCAGAUUUUGUAUUGGAAACCAUACAAAAGAAUGUAGCUCAUCAGUGGAUCCAAAGUAAAAGAGAAGAAAUUAUUGAUCAGAUGACUGAAGCAUGUUUGAAUCAAUCACUGGAUGCUCUUCUAUCAAGAUUUUUACUCAUGAAAGAAGAUUAUGAACUUAUAAGCACCAAACCUACAAGGACAUCAAAAGUACGACAAUUGCUUGAUACUUCCGACAGCCAAGGAGAGGAAUUUGCCAGAAUUAUAGUACAGAAGUUGAAAGAUAACAAACAGCUAGGACUUCAGCCUUAUCCAGAUAUUGUAUCUAAUUCUCAAAGACUGCAUCUUUAAAUUUAUUCUUUCUUUAUGAAACCAUGUGAAUAUUUCUUACAACAUGAUUCUUGUUUCUAAUAUAGUAUUUUAUUUAUGUGCAGCUUUGUCUUUGCUGUGCCUUUGUAAGAGUAUCAGAAAUGACCCUGAGUUCUUCUGGCCUGCAUUUGGUCAGUGACCAAUUAAUAAUUUGGAGUGAAGUCAUAAAACCAAACACUUGACAGUUGCUGACUCAUUUUGUAAAAGUAUUUUGUUUAUACAUGACAAAAACAUUAAAGAUUUACCAUUUUUCAUAUUUGUUGUUUAUACACAUCCUUUCCUUUCAUCUCACAGGAUUGAACAUCUAAUCUUAACAUUUUUUUCUCGUUCCAUCUGCUCUUUCUCACAGAGGAGGGAAAAAAACACCUUGGUGCUCUUUUCCAGAGCUGUUCUGCUGAGUGUGUAAUAAACUUCCUUCCUUAAGCCAUGCUGGUGUGCAUACAGGAGAGGACUGGUAGGUGGGAGGAAGUUUAUAUUGCAUUUCUGCAGGAUUUUUUAUUGUUUUGUUUUGUUUUUCCCAUUUUGUUGCCAGAGCAAGUGCCUCAGACCACAGCAUAAGAAGAAUUUUAGUCCAAAGAGGAGCCCAAGGGGAAGGAGGACGUUGUGCUUGUCAUCUUUGUUCUGCUCAGAAGUGAUAUAGGAGAAAGGCUGCAGCUAUAGCAUUUUGCAUUGUUUAGUUAUAAACACUUCAGCUAUUCUUGAAAUCAUUGUAGGAUGAGAUCCAGGAAGAGCUUACAUAAGGGCAUCCUCACUUAAUACCUUUUAACAUUUCCUUGGUCAUCUGCCUUGCCUUUGUCACCUGCCAUCUUACCACCCCUUACCUCUGUCAUCUGCCAUAAAUACUUCUCAUGUCAUGUUGCUAGAUCAAACUUCUACCUCAAUUUUAUUUUUGGUAUUUACAUGAUGAACUACAAAAGUAGUUGGGUCUGUACAAAGAUCAAUCAUGUCCUGCUCUGCCAUGCUGGAAGUAAUGUGCAGGGGUCUCUUCUGCUAUCACCUGCCUUAACCUCCUCUAGAUCACAUCUCUACUGUCCUUUUUGUCUGAAGGAUGGUAACAUGCUGAGGCACUGGUGGGGCCACCUGAGAGGAAAAGGUAUGUGGUAUUUUUUCAGUUACUUUCACAAGACCUUAGUGAAUUUAUCUAGAUGACUUCAAAACUAGUAAAAAAUUACUAGUUUUAAUUUGUCAGAACACAGCACAGGCAGAUUAUUUUUGCAAGCACUAAUAAAUAAUUACAAUUUCUGCUCAGGCUGUUUAAAAUUUGGGAAA